UCAUUCAUACUGUGCAUUUCUCCCAGCGAGCUCCCCUCUCACACUGUCAGCCAUGGCACAAGCGGAUAUUGCUCUCAUCGGAUUGGCCGUCAUGGGGCAGAAUCUGAUCCUGAACAUGAAUGACCAUGGCUUUGUUGUCUGUGCUUACAACAGGACUGUGUCUAAGGUGCAUGACUUCUUGAAGAAUGAAGCCAAGGGCACCAAAGUAAUUGGGGCUGAGUCUUUGCAGGACAUGGUCUCAAAACUAAAAACCCCUCGCCGUAUCAUCCUUCUUGUUAAGGCUGGUCAGGCUGUCGAUGAUUUCAUAGACAAGCUGGUGCCUCUUCUUCAGCCUGGAGACAUCAUCAUUGACGGAGGCAAUUCUGAAUACAGAGACACAACACGCCGGUGUAAAAGCUUAAAGGAGAAAGGUCUGUUGUUUGUGGGUAGUGGAGUAAGUGGAGGAGAAGAGGGGGCCCGCUAUGGACCAUCACUUAUGCCUGGCGGACAUAAAAAAGCAUGGCCACACAUAAAAGAUAUCUUUCAGAGCAUUGCUGCAAAGGUUGGCACAGGAGAAUCUUGCUGUGACUGGGUUGGAGAUGAGGGAGCUGGACACUUUGUAAAGAUGGUUCAUAAUGGCAUUGAGUACGGAGACAUGCAGCUGAUCUGUGAAGCCUACCACCUGAUGAAAGACGUGUUGAAUAUGGACCAUGAUGAGAUGGCACAGGCUUUUGAUCAGUGGAAUAAAACGGAGCUGGACUCUUUCCUCAUUGAAAUCACAGCAAACAUCCUAAAGUACAAGGACACUGAUGGCACUCACUUGCUGCCCAAAAUUAAAGACAGUGCAGGACAGAAGGGAACAGGGAAAUGGACAGCCAUAUCUGCCUUGGAGUAUGGCGUACCUGUUACACUUAUCGGAGAGGCUGUCUUUGCCAGAUGUCUCUCUGCACUGAAGGAGGAGAGAGUGCAGGCCAGUAAGAGCCUCACAGGGCCCCGGGGGGGCAAAUUUACUGGCGACAAAGCUCAGUUUCUUGAAGACAUUAGAAAGGCUCUGUAUGCCUCCAAGAUCAUUUCAUACGCUCAGGGUUUCAUGCUCCUGCGGCAGGCAGCUAAAGAGUUUGGCUGGUCUCUGAAUAAUGGAGCUAUUGCCCUGAUGUGGAGAGGAGGCUGCAUCAUUCGAAGUGUGUUUUUGGGGAAGAUCAAAGAGGCUUUUGACCGGAACCCAGGUCUGCAGAAUCUGCUGCUUGAUGGCUUUUUCAGUAAAGCUGUACAGGACUGCCAGGAGUCAUGGAGGCGAGUUGUGAGUACAGGAGUUCAGCUGGGAAUCCCAAUGCCAUCUUUCACAACAGCACUGUCCUUCUAUGAUGGCUACAGACAUGCUAUGCUUCCAGCUAAUCUGCUGCAGGCUCAGAGAGACUACUUUGGUGCCCACACAUAUGAGCUGCUCUCAAACCCUGGCCAGUUUGUUCACACCAACUGGACAGGCCAUGGUGGAAAUGUGUCCUCAACAUCAUACAAUGCAUAGUCAGUGCAUCAUCUGAGAUAAAGGGACCAGAUCAACAUUUUUCCAAUUCUGUCUUUACUUGUAUAGUUAAAGCCCCACUUUUACAUGAUUAAAGGAUUUUAUUAUGUUUUGAACUAGAGUGCUAUUCAUAACAAUACUGUAUUAAAUUUUAGUGUGAACACUGAAACUAUUAAGAAGUGUAGUGCUUAAACAUUAAGGUGUUUUGCCCAGGAGUUCACAGUGUUAACACUGGAUCUUGGUUCAUUGUUUCACUGUAUUCUGCUUAAUAAAGAGCUUUAUUCCUUUUUAAA